AGUGUAUCUCGAGUAGUGGAGGGGGAAGGUUACGUGCGCUCUCUCGCUCUGUCUCUGUGGGUGUGUGCUUGUUAGUAGUUCUCUGGCAAUUAGUCACAGGCAGACGGUCAGUGGCGAGGUGGUUGUUGUAUUAAGUUGAUUGCACAUUCUCUGUCACAUAGAAGGGAAUAAUUGUGUGUUUGUUUUCAAGUGGGUUUUGUUUUUUUGGAAGUCGAGGAAAUACGGAAGUUGGAGGACAUUUUUAAAGGAACGCCGCGCCCAUGGAAGACUCAGAUCCAGCUUGAGGUGUGUGAUGGACGGAGAGCAGCAUGGGCGCCCCCUGGUGGUCCCUCACUGUGUUGCUGCUCCUCACCUGUCCGGCCGCCACACCUGCCUCGGAUCUCCGUUACCUCCGCCAUGGGGGGAGAAGAGAAGCUGGGGUGGCGAGUGGCGUUUCUCUAGGCGCCAAUGCCACCACGGAUACCCCCGAGGAGCUGCUGUUUGAGGGAGAGGGCGAGGGCGGCAGCGUGGAGGAGCAGGUGGUGGUGAGGGGCGCUGAGGUCCUGCAGGAGUGUGUGGUGCCCGAAGAUGCGGAGGUGAUACCGGGGGAUGACAGCGCAGAGGGGGAAGUGCGCUGGUACCACGACGGGACUAGGGUGCGUGAGGACCUUCGCGUGAGCAUCAUGUGGACGGGCCGCCUGGUUCUGUCCCACGCCAUCACUAGGGAUUCCGGCGUGUGGUGGUGCCGUAGAUCUGGUCGCCCUGGGCCCAGACGCCGCCUCUUCGUUACCAUCCCCCCGGAGCGCCCCUACCUGGUGUACGGCGGGGCCCAGCUGGCGGCGGGGGCGAGACUCACCACCAGGGAAGGUAACUCCAUCACCCUGCACUGUGUGGUGGAAGGAGGCAACCCCGCGCCCGCCAUCACCUGGGUACUGGCGGGGAAGAUGUCACGCCCUCCAGCCAGGUACGGUCAGAGUGGCAAGAGGAAGAUGGCGUGUUUCACUCCACAAGCAAUCUGACGGUGACUCGCGUGGGGAAGGACCUACACAACGCCAAUGUCUCCUGUGUGAUUCGCCACCCGUCCCUGCCUGUGCCCGUCCCUGUCCCGCUAAGACUUAAUAUAGAGUAUCCGCCAGACUUCAGACUGCGGCGCUGGCCAGUGUGGGGCACGCCGGUGACAGAGGGCAGCACCGUGUCCCUUCUGUGCCACGUGGAUGCCAACCCGCCCUCCAGUCCCUCGUGGGUCAAAGAGAGCGAGGGCGGCGGCGAGUCAGUGGCUUCGUCAGACGGGUGGCUCAACCUGACGCGGGUGAGUGGGGAGGACCGUGGAUGGUACAAAUGCGCCACCAGCCACCCCUUCGGCAGGUACUCCUCUCACUCCGUCUUCAUCAAUGUCUUCGGUGACGGGCAUGGCUCAGCAGGACACACGCCACAGCUGCUGCGGAAGACUGCCACGUCCACCACUCCUGAGGGUUCCCCACUCUCCCCUUGCCCCCACGACGCAGGCCCCCGCGACGCCUCCCAGGGUUGGGUGUCCGUGGUGCCCCUCAACGCGUCGGUGCUCACCAUGGGCGGCCGCACCACCACGCUGGCCGCCCGCGUGUGUGGCCGUCCCCCGCCCCUUGCCGUCACCUGGCUUCCGCCGCCACACCUGCCGCCCCUCACACCUGGACGCGCGCGAGGACGUCUCCACGCCCACAACCUUACUGCUGGCCUCUCCGUGGGGUGUUUGCAUGCCGCCCUCACCAUCACGGGCGUGCAGGACAGCGACGCGGGCGGCUGGGUGAUAGUGGGCGCGGGUGGCCGGGAGGCGGACGCUACUUUAAUCCACUUGAACGUCACAGCUGCAGCCCACGCCGUAGCUAGCGCCGCCCACGCCCUACAGACACACCUGCUCGCCCUCCUGCUGUCUCUGCUCGCCUCACUCCCCCCACGCCCGUGAAACACCCUCCCUCCUACUGGUUUUCAUCUGUUGCACCAAGGCGUGGCUGUGUGUGGAUGUCGCCCCAGACGCCCUAACCCCUGCAGGAGGAUGUCACGCCCUUCCUGCUCCUGUUGUGCUGUGGGCGUGAGGGUGUGGGCGCUGGGCAGUGGGCGGUGCUUCCUUCUUGUUUGUGGGCGGGGUGUGUGCCUCUGUGAUAGUGAUGGUGUUGAUGGUGGUGGUGGUGAGGGUGUGUGAUGGACUGGGUGGAUGUUGUGGUGAUGACUGUUAGUGUGUGUGUGUGUGUGUGUGUGUGUGUGGGGUGCAGUGGUGGUGAGGUGCGUGGUGCAAGGAUGUGAUGGUGUUGAGUGUGGUGCAGGGAGGGUGUGGUGAGAUGGUGUGUGGUGGUGAGGUAAUAAGUUGUGGUGUGUGGUGUUGAAGUGAUGAGGUGGUGAGAUUGAGGUGGUGAGAUUGUCUGGUGUGUGGUGAUGAGUUGGUCUGAUGUGGUGUGUGGUGAGAUUGAGGUGGUGAGAUUUGUGGCGUGUGGUGGUGAGUUGGUAUGGUGUGUGGUAUGAGGUGUUGAGUUGGUGUGGUGGUGGUGGUGGUGGUGGUGGUGACGUGUGGUGUUUCUUGUUAUUUAUGGUUCAUCACAGUUCGGUGCCCCGGGGUGACGGCGUGACGCGAGGCAGGCACAACCGGAUUGCUUACGUAACUGUUAAACCGAACCCGAAUUUUUUACCGAACCGAACUGUAUUGCUAUAGAAGAACCGGACCCGACUCCCAGUACCGAGGAGAACCGGACUGGGGAUGCAAACACGUACAGUACCCAGUUACUACUACAUGUACAGCGAACCGGAUUGACUAGCACUAUCCGAACCGGUACUAUAAGUGGUCCAGGUUCCUAAUAUACCUCAGCGGAACCUUAUUAGCGGACCGGUUCGGAUACGGGGACUACCGGAACCGGAUUUGUAGUAACCGGAUUGGAUUAUAGGAAGUUUCGGUACAGAACCUUUAGUACCGAGCCUGGGAUGGACCGAAUGGAACCCUGGGUAACUUGCUCUUUGUCUUUAUACCGCCUAGUUAGCUCUGUCAUAUCAUGCUGCUGAUGUGGCCCAAGGGUGUGGCCUGUGUGUGUGGCCCUGCGUGUGGCCCUGCGAUGUGGCACUGCGGCCCUGUCUGUGUGGCACUCUGCUGCCCCGUGGGUGUAUUUUGUCACUCACGGUGUGGCACAUAUGGCCCCUAAUGUUGUGUGGCCCUGUGGUGUGACCUGUCCUGCUCUGCUCACGUGUCUGUUUCCUUGGCAUCGUGUGUGUGUAUGUGUGUGUGUUUGUGUGUGUGUCUGUAAGAUUAGUUUUCAUUGUGACCCUGAGUACGUCUUCACUGUGGCCCUGAAACCUUAACUGGCCCUCGAAACACGGCUUUUCAGGUGCUCUGGGGAAGUGUGACCUCGUGGCGUUCAAAUGUGACCUCGAGUUGUUUAAAUGUGUCCUCAGUGUGUAAAAAACAGGACUUGAUCUCGAAAAGUGGCCUCAAAUUCCUACCCAAAAAUAAAAGCCUUGAGUGUCGAAAAAGUGACCUGCUGGUGUCGAAAAAUGGGUUAAAGGUGUCAGAAAAUUAACUAAAUGCUUAAAAAAAAAAUAAAUGGUUUUGUAAAUAUAUGAUGAAGUAUAAAAAAUGGCGGGACGGUUUAAAAAAAAUAUCUGGAAAUUAAAAGAUUAUCUCCUGAUGUAAAAAUAAAUGGUCAGAAGAUGAAAAAAAAAAAAAAGUAGCCGGAUGUAAAAAGAAAUAAAUAAAAAUGGCGUGGAUGUUUAAGAAGAAAAAUGGCGUGAUGACUUAAAAAAUGGUCUAGAGAAUUAAGAAAAAAUAAAUAAAUCCCUUCAGCUGUCAAAAAGUAACCAGCGGAUAUCAAAUAACAACCUUUGCUUAAAAAAAAAAAAAAGAAAAAGGCCCGCAGGUAUCAAAAAUGGCCUCUAGGUAUCAUUAAAAUGGCACAAAGUAAAAAAAAAACUCGUACUAGUAAAAUUUUCUGGAGAUUAUCAAAAAAAAAAAA